AGUCUUUCCCAAAUUAACAUCAUUUUUCCAGAUGAAUUAUAUCAUAGCUAUCCUCGCCGUGACGACAGCAGUGGUCUGCGCUCGAGGCGGACGUGGUGGUCCAGGAUUCCCAGGAGGUUUCCGUCCCCAGGGACCUCCCGAACCUCCCUACCUUAGAGAUGUGAACCAAAUGGGACGAAGAGAAUAUCAGGAUAUCAUGAUGAACAGCAAGUUGACCUUUGCCGAGCAGAAAGCAAAAAUCGACGAGUGGGCUGAAAAAUACAAAGUUAAGGACAAAGUUGACGAAUUUAAUGCUGAGAUGACUAAGAAGAAGGAAGAAGCAGAACAGAAAGUUACCGAGCUUAUUGGAAAAUUGGCAGACGCGCAGAAAAAAGUUUCUGAACUUUUCAAAAAGGAAGACCAGACUUUUGAGCAACUCUCUCAAGCUUUGAAAGAUCUCGUGAAGGAAGAUCCUGAGGUGUACAAGGUCCUGAGAUUUGCUUUCCAUCAAUUCAUGAAAGGACCAGGAGGACCAGGCGGACAGGGAGGACCGGGAGGACCAUGGGGACCAGCAGGCCCAGGUGGACCAGGACCAUUCGGACCAGGAGGUCCAGGUGGACCAGGAGGACCAGGAGGACCGGGAGGACCAUGGGGACCAGCAGGCCCCGGUGGUCGAGGACCAUUCCCAGGAGGUCCAGGAGGACAAGGAGGACCAGGAGGCCCGUGGGCACCCAUGGGGCCUCGUGGCGGCCGUGGACGUUGGUAAAACGUGAACUAACAGUGCAACUAUCAAAAUUCAUUUCAGUUAAAUUUAAU